UCAUGACGAGUCGACGAGUGUUGUGGCUUUGUGGCCUGCUGUUAAUGUGGUCAAGUGGUCUACCCAUUCUGGCCAAACCCUCGGAUGCGGACGACCCCUUUGCCGACGACCUGACCUCGGAGUAUGCCAAGAAGAUUAUUGUACAAUCGAAGGUAGCCGACAUCAAGACGAUGAUGAAGCCGGAGAUAGCUCCCUGUGAUGAUUUCUACACCCAUGCCUGCGGCAACUGGCAUCGUCACAAUCCUGCCCAGCUGCUGGGCAACCUGAUGACCGACACGUUUCAAUUAAUAUCAAAGGGAUUCGACCGACGCCUUCAGCGAUUGCUGCGUUCCAAUGACCUCCAAUCCGAGCUGGAGAAGAAGAUGCAGCGCUUCUAUUUGUCCUGUAACCUGGUCCAUCGCGACGAUGUCCACUACAAGUUGGCACUGGAAAAUGUCAUCAAGGAGUUCGGCGAACUGCCGGCAUUGGUUGGUCCCCAGUGGAACGCCUCCUCCUCCUCCUUCAGUUGGUGGCGAACGGUGGCCCAGAUCCAGCACAAGUACGGCAAGCAGAUCAUCCUGGGCCUGGAUAUUACCCAGGAUAUUCGAAAUAUAUCUAUAAACAGGGUGUACCUAAGUCCUCCGGACUUGAAGCCAAAAAUCAGGGUUUUUAGUCUGCUGGAGGAAGCCAGCACUUCUAGGGAUCUUCAGCAUUACUUCGGUUUGAGUCCCUCGGUGGCGAAACACACUGCUAAGCAGCUGCUCGAAUUGGAGGAGAGCUUAAUUUCCGUUGGCUCUGGCGGAGAUUCCCUCGAGGAUUCCCUUUCCCUAUAUUCCCUAGCCGAGCUGCAAGAGAAGUACAGCGAUCAUCUUAACUUUACCGAAUUUCUGGGAAUAAUUCUCGGCGAGGAGAAUAUCCCGGCGACGCUCUACAUUAAUAAUGAGGAUUAUCUGGAUAAUGCCUUGCUCACAAUGCGCAGCACUCCGCUGGCCACCCAGCUAAACUUUAUAUUGUGGAAACUGGUCGAGGACUUUCUGGAGGAGUCCAAACCCGGCGAGAUGACCAAGUGGUGCACCGAACAGACCAAAAAAUACUUUGGUAAGCUCGCCGAGCACACGGUAUACGAAAGAUAUCGUAAUUUGGAGACCGAGGCGGAAGUCCACAAGAUCUGGGGACAGAUUAAGGGCAUCUUCCGACAGCAGCUGAUGGGUGACAAACUGGACUGGAUAUCCAAUGCCACCAGGCAGCUGGCCGUGGAGAAGUUGGACGCCAUGCAGCUGCACAUCAACUCCUAUGACUCGGAGAAUUUCGAGGAUCUCUAUGGUGAGGUGACCAUCGAUCGGGUUAACUACGUCUCGAAUCUGCAGCAAUUGCUCAUGGCCAAGGGCAGGAGAUUGGUGGCCAGGAUUAGUGAGCCCGCCCGAUCCCUUGAUGCCACCGAUGUGCUUGGCUUUACACCCGCCUACAGUGUGUUGGAGAAUAACAUCACAAUUCCGGUGGCCCUGUUGCAGCCACGUUACCUCUGGGGUGACCAGUACCCGGAGGCUCUGAAAUACGCCACCUUGGGCUACCUCCUCGCCCACGAGAUGCUCCACGGCUUCGACGACGACGGGAUGAAGUACGAUGCGCUGGGUAACCUGGCACCCUGGUGGGACUCCAAGUCGCGCUAUGAGUUCGAGGAGCGGCGCAAGUGCUUCCAGGCGCAGUAUCACCACUACAAGUACGGCGGUGAAGAGUUGCCUGAGUCCAAGGAGCAAUCGGAGAACUUGGCCGACAAUGGAGGCCUCAAGUUGGCCUAUGCCGCCUAUCAGAUCUGGCUGGGACAGCAAACGGAGGAGGUGCGUCAACAGGAGACCAUGGAGGGUUUGUCCUUCAACAGCCGACAGCUCUUCUUCCUCGGAUACGCUCAGUUGUGGUGCGACGAUGUCCAGUCUUUCCUGAAAUCCUCCUUUGCUCAGGCCGACAAUCAUGCACCCAGCAAGUACCGGGUGAUCGGACCACUGUCGAAUUUCCAGGAGUUCUCCUGGGUCUUCAACUGCUCCCAGUCGGCGCCCAUGGACCCGGAGUACAAGUGUGCCAUCUACUGAGGGAGGGCCUUUCGUUAGUUAAGCUAUGUCACCUAUAUAGUUUGAUUUUGCCAGGCUAAAUAAAAUUCACUUAAUUUGUUUUGAAAAUUGA